AUGAUUCCAGGCGCGCGAAUGCUGCUGCAGGCUGUGCGUGGCUCGUGCGCCCUGCACGGCCUGCACAGCCCUCUGCGGUCUGCCGCCCGCACCGUAGCCAGCAGAUGCAGUCAGCGAGUACCCCGGGCAGCAGCUGCUUAUACCGAGAGCUACCGAGUUCUGCAGCAGGAUUUGGCGGACAUGGACGAGCUGCUGCAGGCGCCGCGCAUCAAGAGGGCGAUGGCUCGGAAGCAGCUAGAGCUGCUCGCAGCAGACGCGGCGUUGCUGGCCUUCGACGUGGUGGCGCCACAGCAGUACGCGGCAUUGGUGGCGGCACAGAAGGAGUUGGUGGCGGCACAGAAGGAGUUGGCGGCGGCACAGACGGGCGAGGCGGCACAGAAGGACGCGGCGGCACAGACGGGCGAGGCGGCAUUGGUGGCGGCACAGAAGGAGUUGGUGGCGGCACAGAAGGAGUUGGUGGCGGCACAGAAGGAGUUGGCGGCGGCACAGACGGGCGAGGCGGCGCAGAAGGACGCGGCAUUGGUGGCGGCACAGAAGGAGUUGGCGGCGGCACAGACGGGCGAGGCGGCGCAGAAGGACGCGGCGGUGGCGGCACAGGAGGAUUUGGUGGCGGCACAGAAGGAGUUGGCGGCGUCACAGAAAGAUGUGGAGUUGGCACAGAUGGACGCGAAAAUCCUUGCGCUCGACAUGAAGGCAAGGGCACCUUCGCUGGUGUAUGACUACCUGUACAGCCAUGGCAUGCUGAACGCCUGUGGCCUGUUCGAGUUUGCAGAGUACAGGCUGUUUGCACCUCUGACCAUACGGCCCAAGCGGGACCGCCUGUCUAAGUGGCAAGAGCUCGCGGGCGGGCGGCACCCCAACCUGCAAGCCUGCAUCCUGGCGGCCAACCCUUCGUGGGAGGCCGACUCGAUCCCGGCUAGGGCGGUGCAGCUGUACAGCAAGCUGUCGGCGCCGGGGCGCCCGUGCGACACCUGGACCUACGAGCGCCGGGUGCUGCUAGUGGAGGGGCCCCUGAGCCGGGAAGACAUGCGUUUCUUGAAGUGCGUGGCUGAUGAGGUGCACUGCCGGUGUGAGCUGCGCUACAAGGUGCCGCCACCGGCCAUCACGCAGGGCGAGCGGCUGGCCGAUGGUGCUGAGGGCCAGCCGCCGGCAGCCGCGGACGGCGCGGAGGGCCAGUAG